ACAUCGACACAUAUAUUUGACAUCAUUCUCUUGUCUUGAAGAGAGAGAAGGGAACAUUCAGCAUAGCCUUAUGGAAGCAGAAAUAGCAGAGAUUGGAUCAAACCCUUCUGUAAAAGAACUAGCAAAGGAGGCACUAAGCAAAGUUCCAGAGAGAUAUGUUCUUCCAAAUAUUGACCCUCCAAUUUUAUUUAACACACACUCUCUGUCUGAUCAGAUCCCCGUCAUUGACCUAGCUAAGUUGUUCUUGCCUCAAGAACUCAAGCCUCCUGAACUGGAGAACCUACACCUUGCAUGCAAACAAUGGGGUUUCUUUCAGGUUAUUAAUCACGGAAUUGACAUGGAAGUGGUGGAAGAUGUAAAGAGAGGAGCUGAAGAACUGUUCAAUCUUUCAAUGGAAGAUAAGAAAAAGCUUUGGCAAAGAGAGGGAGAUAUGGAGGGAUUUGGGCAAAUGAUUUCCAAGCCUAAAGAUGAACCGUCCGAUUGGGUGGAUGGCUUCUACAUUUUAACUCUUCCAUCUUACUUAAGGAAGCCCCACCUAUUUCCUAAUCUACCCCUACCUUUCAGGGAGAAUUUAGAGGUGUAUUGCAAGGAGAUGAGAGAGCUUGCCAUGAAGUUGUAUGGUGUUAUUGGAGAAGCACUUGAUAUAGGAGGAAAGGAAAUGAAAGAGUCAAUAGGGGAAGCAGGACAAGCAAUAAGGAUAAAUUACUAUCCUCCAUGUCCCCAACCAGAAAAUGUUCUUGGCCUAAAAUCUCACACUGAUGCUUCUGCACUCACCAUCCUUCUCCAGGGCAAUGAAGUUGAAGGCCUCCAACUCAAAAAAGAUGGAACAUGGCUUCCUGUUCAUCCCCUCCCAAAUGCUUUCAUGGUUUUUAUUGGAGAUGUUUUGGAGGUGGUGACAAACGGGAUAUAUAAGAGCAUCGAGCAUCGAGCAGUGGUGAACUCAAUGAAAGAAAGGUUCAGCAUAGCUACAUUCAGUGGUGCUGAAUGGAAUGGAAACAUAGGUCCAGCACCUUCUCUUGUAACUCCAGAAACACCAGCAUUAUUCAAAACAAUUGGGAUAGCAGAUUUCUACAAGGGCUACCUUUCGCCUGAGCAUCAAGGCAAAUCAUUCAUAAACAAUGUUUUGAGGAUCAAUAGUGAGAACAUCAAAUACUAGCUAGCUUGUGGAGUUGAUAAUGGAAAUGUGAUAAUAAUAAUUAAGUAACCCUUCGAGACAUGGUAAUUAUAUAUAUAUUGACUUUGGUUCAAUUCAAUAUGUGUAGUUAUUCGUCGCAAGAUUUGCAUUCAAGCAAGUACAUUGAUCAGUAGAUGAUGGGAAGUCUGAAUUUUCCAUGUCACAAGAAAUAAUUAUUUUUAUAUGCUUUCAUUAAAACUCUAAUUUCUUUUUCUUCCUUCCCUCCCUAAAACUGUCUCUAGUCCUCUAAAU